UUCAUUGUACAAGAAGAGAAAUACGCGACAUACGCACAUCAAAUACAGAAUUUCGUAAAUAUAAAUUUAAGAAAAUACUAACCAGGAAGCGGAAAAAAUUGUUCGAAUAAAAAGUGAAUAGUUUUUUCGGCAGACCCCGCAGUCGGACGCAUUAAAAUGCGAUAAAAUGAAGUGGAACAACGUUCAAAGCAUAGAGAACAGAGUAGCCACACCACAAUAAACGACACAACAGAAAAAAUGAAGUCUUAAAAGGAAUUUAUGCAAUACUUUUCCCACAAUGAAAUAGAGACCUUCGCAAUACCUGUAACCAGGCUUUGGAAUCACAUAACACCGUAUUGCUGUAAUCUGAUGAACCCUCACCACCCAAACAUUAAUCGCCGCCCCUUGGCACCCUUUAGCAUAAAGUGAGUGGGAGGCCCGGUUGUAUUACUCAUACCCUUUGUUUGCACUACUCACUUUGAUCAGAAAAAACCACGCUAUCAACGUUAAGCAGAGGCUCAAAAUGUCGGACUUUCUUCCCAGAGACAUUUUGCCCGAUUUAUGGGAUGAAAUAUUAAAACUGCAUUGGACUUACUUGGAGACUGAAGAAAGCAUUCAGAAACUAGAAGAGCGCAAAAAAUUAGAAGGCUGUUUAAAGGAAUUGUUGUGUAUGGUACAACAUGAUAGGAAAUUUUUCCUUCCCGAAACUGCAUUGGUUUUAAAAAAUUCAAUACGUGAGGUUGGCAACUUUAAUGGUCAAAAAGCUAUAUCGGCCUUCGAGGCCAUAAGUCAGUAUGCCAAUAAUUUGUUUACAAAACCAUGGCGAAAGGAAUUUCGAAUUUUGAAGAUGUAUUCUGGUUUCUUUCAACAUGAGAUAAAAACAAAUUUAAUUGAUGCUGAAAAACUAUUCGAGGCAAUGGGUUAUCGACGAUUAUCGGAUGACACGUUAAUUUUAGAUGGUCCCAUUUGUCCCGAUCAAGUAACAAACGUGUCUCGCGAUGCCAUGACAGCAUAUGUUGAACUGCAGAUAAUGAAAAAUGUGUACAUGGCAUUAGAUGCUAAUGGUAUGACAACAACCUGGUUAGACAUAUUCCGCUAUAGAGAGAAACAUGUUGGUGGAAUUUCUCAAGCUAUUAAAGACUUAAUCUAUGCGUAUGAAGAAAAACGUUAUCGCAUCAGGGAAAAAGCUCUGGCUAGUGACAAUUACGGGUACAUAGAUGUUCAAGGACCAACCAACUAUGGAUCUACACGCCCUACACAAUGUCAAUGCGGAAAUGUGCAGUAUCAAGUACCGCAAAUGCAUAGACAGAGAAUGACAAAUGGCACUUCUUGCUGUUCACAUGAUAUGCAGCAACAACGCAGCCAUCCCAUGUUUAAUAGUAUGAAUUAUUCCACUUCGAAUUAUCCUCAUCAUCAAGGAGGCAUGGGAGGUGGCCAUCUGCCACAUUCUCGAAGUCUUGAGCACUAUAACGAACCGGCUAAUGUGCAUCAGCACCCUAUGUUGCCACAAAGACAUUCGUUCGAUCAUCAACAGCAGAAUUGCGCAGCUUCUUCGCAUCUUCAGCAUCCCAACUAUGGGCAACAGCAACGACUGCAUAAUUCGAUACAACAGCAGCACCAAUACUAUCGUAACCCAACUCAAAAUUUCUAUGAAUCUCCUUAUGAUUGUAUAGACGAUAAUUCGUUGGGUGGCAGUAGCAUUUCGUAUGCUGCUGUGGCUGCAUCGUCGACGGCAGGAGGAGGAGUUGAUAUGCCAGGUAACUCUGCACCAAUGGGCUAUAAUAUAAAUGGAGCCACUUAUGCCAAACCAUACAACGUAUCUGGCAAUCGUUUCCCUUUGCCUUAUAGUAUUUCAAAUCAACUAUCAGUUUCUCAUGGUGGUCUUGAGCACGCCUAUGUUCCAGAUAAUCACAUGUAUGCGCAGGUGGCGAAGGCGCCGCAAGGCUACAUGAUGAAUUCCGCAUCAGGUGUAGCCAGUGGAGGAAUUGGAGCUUACGGAACACAUCCGCAGAAUAGAUCUGUGGCAGCUGCAAUGCAAAAUUCGGUUCCUUUAUCGGCAAAAAGCGUGCCUCAACACAGACAGCAUUAUUUGUCGGAACAAUUGAUCGAUUUCGAUGAUCCCCCAAUUAUACCACCACCUCCUGCUGAACAGUUUGACCCUUAUCAUCAACAGUAUAUACACGAUGUAAACAAAACAAAACGAAGCAACAAAAUGUCCGAGACAGAAAUGAAUAUGCCUAGCAACUAUAAUCAAGUAAGGGAUUUAACCUAUGGCCAUGUUCCCGAAGACAUGUAUGUGUACGCCAAGCCGAUACCCAAGGAAAAUCGACAGGCACACAAGGCAUCGCACAGUGCGAUGGAAAAAUCGUCAUAUGCUCGAAAAAUAUCGGCCUCAUCUUCGGAAAGAGGGGGAGGUGAUAGCACAGAUUUUAACUAUGAGUCGGCAAAUGAUGAUUUUUCUAUGAUACCCAGACAUCACCAGCAUUCCCCCACUCAGUUUAGCAAGAAUCAAGAUGGUGUAGGCUCAUAUGAAUCAUGGAAUUAUGUUUUCCAAAAUCUGGAGCGAACUUCUUAUACAAAAGAUUUGGGUGAACGGGAAGACCUUUUAGUAAAAUCGCUGGAUUUGGACUCAAUGAAUAUAACCAAUGAUACUACAGCGCCCAGUCAAGCAAGUUCUGUUGAGAAGAGGAGAUCCUUUUACCGUGAAACGGAUAAUAACCCAACAGUGCAAAAUCCGCAGCAUUCAAAACAAAAACCAAGUAAAACAUUUGAAGCAGCCUCGGUCACAAAGCGGGACGUCGCGAAUACAACUCCGCCAUCCAAUACCAAUAACACCAAGCAGAAGCCUCAUUUAGACAAUAAACAAAAAAUAAAAUCGUCCCUAAAGCAGACGACUGUUUCCUCCUUAAGCAGCAAUACAAAACAACUAGCGAAUAGUAACAAGAAAAUUACGAAUUUGCCCAAAAUAAACGACAAUAAAUCGAAAACCAAUAAUAAUGAUAACAAUAAUUCUCACUCUGCUGUAGGUGUUGGUGUUAGCGGCAGCAGCAGUAGCAACAGUAAGCCAAGCAAGAAAUCUGCCUUGACCUCAACGCAAAACACGGCGAAGAUAAGACCUCCCGAAGUGACUGUGGCCAUGGCAGCAACUGCGCCUGCCAACAUUGUGACGGCCAAAAACGAAUGGAGUUGCCGCUCCUGCACCUUCAUAAAUCCCGACACAACGCGUAUCUGUGAGAUCUGUUGUCGCACCAAAGAUAAUAACUUGAAUGGUGGCCCAUCAGGCACCAAAGCAACGCAGUCAGUGAACCAUACGACACCAACUUGUGUUUAGAAACGACGACAUACAACAACGACGCAAUGUCACAUGAUGAAUAUGAAGUACCUGCUGACUGGAAGUAAACUGCAAUAUGCUAUUACUGGUGGAUGGGAUAUUGUUUGAUUUUAUGAUUAUGGUUUCCAAGUCCUCUCCUCCUCUCCCCUGUCACCGAUUCGAUGAAAAGAACAUGGUUAUGUUUUUAGCGGUUAAGAUCUAUCUGUAAGACGUAUCUACUCGAAUUUCAUCUUGUCACUAAAGGACUGAAGAAUUUAUUAACAUUAGUCAGGAGAAACAUGUGUGGCAAUCCUUUGCUCUAUUCUAUUCUACUCUAUAAUAAAUACAACACUUACUUACUCAUCUAACAAAAAACAGGCUUUUAAACAAAUCGACUUUAUUUUAGAAUUGUAUGAAAUCUAAAGAAAAGCGCAAAAGAAAGCCAGACUUAGGAUAAUUAAGAGUUAAUACCACGUCGCGAAAUUCAUCAUGGUCGCAUGGACCAAGAAACCAAAAAAAAUAAAAAGAAAGCUGCUGCUGCUAUUGCUUUACAAAAUUUGAAUGGAAAGGUUCACAAAAAUUUGUGCCAAAAAACGAUGGUGAAAACCAAGUUGUCGAAGUUGUGGGGGAAAAGAGACAAAGGUUGAGACUACCACUCUCUCUUCCAACAUCACGUAACGUAAUGUCCUUAAUAAGAGGAGAUUUUAUUCAAAUUUUGUAAAGUUUCACAUGUACAUAACACCACACACAUAUUACCCUCUAACACCCACUCCUAUGUCAUAAGUAUGUCGUACAUAGUACACUCUAUAUACCUUUUAAAUUCUUACAUUACAACAUCAAUCAUAUUUAGUCUUAAAUAAUUAUCACAUGAUAUAUACACAUACAUACAUAAUAUAUUAUAAUAUAAUGAAUAACGUAAACGUCGUAUGUGAAUUCAUAUGUACUACAGAUAAGUUUUCCAGAAUGUGCCUCCCCGUUUUCAUUCGUUGUUGUUCUGUUUGUUUUAUUUAUAUCUACUUAAAUGAAUGUAAAAUGUAUGAUUGUAACAAAAAAAAAAAACGCAAAAAAACAACCUAUUUGCUUCUGUUUUUUCAAUUAAUAACUUGCCACUGUUUGGUAAUGAUGAUGAUGAUGGUGGCGUUGAUUAUAAUCUGAGAUAUUCGCUUAACACUAUGCAUUACAAAAUAUAUACACAGAUCUAUUCCGACUGCGUUGUCGUUGUAGCCACAUUUUUGCAUGUGGAGGUGGCGAGGAUCAAGCUUUUAUAGGUGAGCAAGCUCGACAGAUCGCCGCGGGAACAUUUGGUUAUUUAAAGACGCCAAUAUCUCGCCUUGUAGUAUAGAGCAUCAUAGGCACUCAGUAUUUAAGCAAGAGCCGGUGCCACCCUGCCUAUCACUGAGAGUCUCCCCUCGACAUCGCUGAUUGUCCAGGGCUGUAGUUGCAGCUAUUCCUAAGUGUUGCUCUGUGUCCCUUUGUGAACCAAUCAUCUCCCGACGUUACUUCUCGAACCCGCAGAAAAGACGGCCAUUGUAUCAAUCCCAUGGCAGCUGGUUGUACGUACCGGAUUGACUCGAUGAACUCCAUCAUCGGCAAGGGCUGCAGCCUCAGUGUUCAACACAUUGCUACAACAAUAACAACACAACAGCCAUUGUGUAAUAUUGUUUGUUGUGAUAUAACUUCUAAGGCUAUAUCGUUUGUCCUUCUUUUUGUCUGAAAGUUAUGUUAAGAUUUCUAAAUCCAUGCUCUUUCUUUUCCGGUCAUUAUGUCUGCAAACUCCACUGUCUCAUAUUCUGGAAUGUGGUCUUGCCCAAGAACCUGUCUGAUCAUCUGUCAUUGUAGCCAUAUUUGUGGCUAGGUGUAGAGGUAGAUAUCCUCGCUUCACUAAGUAUUUAAGAAAAAACCGGUGCCGCCUGGGCUCUUGCUGAGACUCUCCACUCGAUACCGCCCACUGAAUGCGCGAUACUGCAAUUACAGUUACUCCGUGUGGGGCAUUUCACCAUUCGCAACCCGUUGAUGCACCCGGUAGCUCCACGAUGAACACCACGACGCAGAUCGGAGCUCAAAGUGCCAGCCUGUGUGGUGCUCAAAAGAGGUGUGCACAUAAGUCGUGAGUAGUCGUGUCAUGCAAAUCUAAUCACGUGAUAUAUUGCGUGAAUCACGACUCACGAGAAAAUCACGAAACACGAGAUAUUACGACUCAUAAGAAAAUCACGACUUAGGGUUGAUAUUCUUUUCUGAUUUCGAAAUCUCUAACAUUUUUAAUUGAUUCGCGAGUGAAAUUUCACAGCAAUAAAAUGUUUUUUUAUCAGCACUAUAUUUCGGAAAGAAAGAAAAACUUACCAUUUAAACCGAUAAAAAUGGUUUCAAGGGUUGCCACUAUAAUUUUUUUUGCAAUUUUCCUCACCAUAAUCAGAGUACUACUUUUUUGCCU